AUGAAGCCGCAAGCUCUAAGUUUUUUUUUGGGGGGGGGGGGGGUCUGUACAUUUGCCAAAGACUUGUGUAAUUUGAAAUAUUGUCGUCCCUGUGCAGGUGAGGAUGAAGCACCCGAGAAAGAUGACAUAAAUGCCAAGGAAGAGCUCGAGCCUCCCCACAAGAAAACAAGAAGCACAGAAAAACACAAGAGCAAGAAGAAGAAGAGGCGGAGGAAGGGCGAGAAGGAGAGCAGUUCAGAAUCUGGUGCCGAGUCAGAAGUGGAGCACCACCUCCACCGAGACCUGUCAGGACCACGAGAGCCAGUGCCAGACUGGCAAGCAGCUGCAGGAGUUGGAGACCAUGGUGGGCUGAAGGAAGAAGGCAAAAGGGAUGCAAUUACAGAUCGUGUGGACAUAGAGGGAGAGACAAAAUCCAAAAAACAGAAAAGGCAUGCUGCCAAAAAGAAGAAAAAAAAGAGGAAGAAAGAUGAAAAACAGGAAAAGAAAUCCCCUUCUCGUUCUCCAUCUGAAAGCAGCUCUGCCUCAGGUUCUGAGUCUGAAGGUGAAGGAGGUAAAGCGGCUGUUGGUGGUAAAUACACUCCAACUGCAGUGUCCGAACUCAAAGAACCAGUAUCCAGAUUGGUUCCAAAAGGCAAACGAGGGGAGGAGAAGGCACUUCCCAUCCUUGAGCAGAAAUCUGAAUUGCUUGGAGUCAAAAAAGAAGAGAUGUCAGAUAUGGAUGUGUCUGCGACUGAGGCACAGGGCAGUAACAUUAGUGAAUCAGAGAAGGAUAUGAGAUCACCCUCUGCAGGCCAGGAAGAGGUAAUACAAACCGCAACAGUUAUUAAAACAGAGGGCAAUCAGGGAGAUGGUACAUUCAGUCAUGCCCAGGAAUUGCCUGAUAUCAUCCCAAAACAGGAAGGUGCUGCUCAAAGAGAUGACCCAGGAUUGAAAGAUCAGACAAAUUCAGUUCAGAUGGCAAAGGUCAAGGAGGAUAAUUCAUCCAAUUCUCCUUCUCCUUCCCCUUCCAGUGGCCUAGACAUAAAGAAGUCUGAGUUGGGUCCAAGUCGCUCACCAUCACCUAGUCCCAGCAGGCAGGAGUCUCUUAGUCAGACAACAUUAUUCAUGAAAGAACGGUCAAGAUCCCAUUCCAGGUCAACCUCAAAGGGUAAACGGUCUACAAGUCCCCUAAAGCCUCAGCAGCCCCCUCGUUCUCUGUCCCGGUCUCAAACCCCUAAAUCUCAGACGAAGUCGCUCUCUCCACCCCGCAAGUCUCCGAAGAGAGUAAGCCGUCGGUCCCGAUCUACCUCUCACUCCGUCACCCCCAAGAAGAAGGUGUCAAAGUCUCCAAGGAAGUCCAGGUCUCCCAAACGGCGGAGGAGUUCCUUGUCUGUUUCCCCAAAGCGACGGCGUGCUUCUCCAUCUCCCAAAAGAAAGGUAUCGCGAUCCCCUAAACGUGCCAGACGUAGGUCACCAUCUCUGUCUCGGUCUCCAAGGAGAGGUCGAAGGUCAAAGUCCCGUUCCCGUGGAGGCCCGCGGCGCUCCAGGACUCGCUCACCUAGACGAGGGGGUGGAGUUGGCAGACGUUCACUGUCACGUUCAAUCACUAGACCCCGCCGCUCCCACUCUAGAUCCAGACGUCCCCUUGGCCGCUCCAGAUCCCGGUCACUGGCACGGCGUACCGGAGGCAGGCGCUCCAGGAGUCGAUCUUUGUCUCGACGCAGGCGAUCACCACUCCCCAGAUCCCGUCGUUCACGAUCUCGGUCGGUCCGCAGGAGCAGACGUACUCGAUCACGUUCUGUUGUAGUGCUUAAGCGCAAUCGUCGCUCCAGAUCCAGGAGUCCCCGCAAACGAACCAAAUCCAGGACCCCUCCUUCUAGACGGCGGUCUAAAUCCCGUUCACCAGUCAGAAGGCGCUCUCGUUCCCCUGCCAAGAGAAACCGUUCACCACUAAGGUCUAGUAGACGGUCCAGGUCUCGCUCAUUGUCUCGAAGGCACCGGUCAAAGUCACAUUCACCGCAGCCUAUCAAAAGGAGGUCCAAAUCUCCUAGGAAGAGUGGAAGAAGAUCAAAGUCUAAAUCAGAGUCAGCAGGCUGCAGAUCUAGGUCUGAAUCAAGUGAUGGGCUUUCUGACAGUUCAUCCCCAGCUAGAUCCACAUCUCCAUCCCCAGUUAAAGAGAAAAAGGCUUCCUUGCUUAAGGUUGCUGGGGAAAAUGGAGGACUUGCAACUACAGAAGGUGCUUGGAAGCCUGUACUCUCAGCAGCUACUUCCAGCUCUCAAAUUGGGAACGCUUCAGAAAAAUCGCAGGAUCAGCUUGUUAAUCGAACAAGCUCAGAUUCUCCUCAAAGGGAGGGGGAUGCUUCCAGGUCCAGGUCUGUUUCUCAAGAGCCUGGCACUGGCACGGAGGGGUCAGAUUGUUCGGAAGGUUCAGAUGAAGAAGAGGAAUCUCCAGUUAAAACCGGGUCUAAAAGCCAGAGAGCUUCACGUUCACCAUCUCCAGAAGUACAGAAGAAGCAGCUUUCUGUGUCACGCUCACCAGGGGAUCGCAGGAAACUUUCUCGUUCAACUUCCUCACCACGGCGUUCAGCCUCAAAGUCUACAUCCAGAAAAAAACUGUCCAGGUCCAAAUCACCAGUCAGGAAAAGAGAAUCUGUCUCUCCAUCAGAAAGGAAGAAGAGGCGGUCCAAAUCACGGAGUCCUGCCCGACGGCGGAGAUCACGGUCACGCUCUGCUACACGACGCAAGCGCUCACGGUCCAAGUCACGAACCAAAAUGCGCCGGUCCAAGUCCCGUUCUCCAACCCGUAGGAGGAGAUCUUGUUCACGUUCAGCAAAUCCCAGAGGAAGAAGGAAGUCCACAGAAAGGAAUAAGCGAUCUAAGAGUCGCUCCACUGGCCGCAGAAAAAGGUCCAGAUCAGGAGAUAGAAGCAGGCGAUCCCGAUCUCGUUCAGCUGAUCGUAGACGCAGGUCAAGGUCAAGAGGUCGAGGGAGGCGCCCGGUAUUUCGCAGUCGGUCUUUUGACAGACGAGAUAGGUGGAAGAGGGAACCCAGCCACUCUCCAGUUCUCAUCCUCCGCAAACAACGCCGCUCAGGGUCCCGGACAAGACGCAGCACCAGCAAGACUCCUCCACGGCUCACUGAUCUGGAUAAGGAUCAGUUGCUUGAGAUAGCCAAGGCUAAUGCUGCUGCCAUGUGUGCUAAGGCCGGGGUUCCCAUUCCUGAGAGUCUUCGACCAAAAGCCAUCCUCCAGCUCCCUCUGCCUACUCCAUCCCCUUCCCCAAUCUCCUUACCUUUACCUUUGCCUCUUCCAAUGGGCAUGGGAAUGCCCAACAUGCCUAAUAUGCCCAACAUGGGUCCAAUGGGGUUACCCAAUAUUCCGGGAAUACCCAGCAUGUCAAACAUCACCAUGAGUGCAGCUGUGGCAAGUAUGACAGCUGCUACUAUGACGGCUGCCUUGACCAACAUGGGUGCCCUGGCAGCCAUGCCUCCCCUUGCCCCACUUCCGACGAUUACUAACAAGCCUCCCCCGUGCCUUGUCCCACCAACACCUUCUCUUAACCUGGACCACAUCGAGGAAGCCAAGAGGAAGGUCACUCAGCAGGCUAACAUACAUACCAUCAAGGAGCUUACUGAGAAGUGUAAGAUGAUUGCAAAUAGCAAGGAGGAGAUGGCCACUGCUAAACCCCAUGUCUCUGAUGAUGAAAGCUAACCCCCUAAAACCCUCAAGCCGCUCCCCCAAAGGACUGAAGGAAAAUGAAAAUAUUUUUUUCUUUUUUUUUUUUGUUCUUUUUUUUAUGAGAGGACUUCUCUCUGUUAGCCAGAUGACUUGACUGAGUGGAGGAGCCACUCUAGUUCUCACAUUCACAAUGUAGGAGUACCAGCCACUGCCCCACUCUGCUCCCCAGUCUUUCUGUUUGUCCAAGUGAGAUACAACCAGACUUCCACCUGCGAUACCACUGAGAAACUGGGCACUCUGGGGUGUGCAACAGUUGUAUGACUGUACUUUGUGUGUGUGUGUGUGUUUGUAUAUAGUGACUUUUACCACCAACACCUCAGUGUUGCUGCUGAUGCAAGCAGUCACUGUUGUAAAGACUGAAGAGGAAACAAACCAAACUUAGUGGUGCAAGUGUUUUUGUAAACCAUCUUCAAAAUUCUCUACAUUUGUUUUACUUUACCUGCGUUCUUAAAGAUUGUGUUCAGUGGAGAUUGUUUCCUUGUUCUGCUGUAUUGCCCUGAGUUAUCUCUAGUCCCUGAUUUUAUAAAUAAUGCAAAUUAAGUUAGAGAUAGUAGAUUCUCAAUGUAAUAUGUUUUAAUAAGCUUGGAUCUCCAGGAUGAGAGAGAGUGACCACAGGUUGUGAAUCCUGAAACAAGCCAGAGACAUUUGAAUAUAUAGGCUUCAAAAAAAAAAAAAAAAAAAAAAAAUGAGCGCUUGAAUUCUGGUAAUGGGGAAAAAAAAAAUUUUUUUCAUUUCACUAAACAUGAAUAAUUCUGUUAGUACUGCCCUGGGUGUGAGUUCUUCCCCCCCACCCCCUGUUUUUAUAGCACCAAGCUGAUCUUUGAUUCUGUCUUAGUCUUUCAUUUGGGCUUUGUUGGGAUGUUUUGAACAUGUUUUGCUUCGGUUUUUUAAUGGAGGGUUCAUUUUCCCACCAAUAUCACAACAAGUGUCAUUUGUCAGGCAUGUCAGGUAGUGCAGAUUGAUGGCUGUCUUAGAAGUAUGGACCUUCAGCAGUACUUAAAAGACAAGUGGUGACUAUCUCAAAUUUAGAUCACAGGUAGGAACGGUUGAGAAGGGAGGAAAAAAAAAAGAAAAAUAUUUAUGGAGGUUUGUAGUUUACACAUUUAAAUGUCAGUUGUUUGUAUUUGAGGGCCUUUUAAAAACAAAAAACAAAAAAAAA